UUUCUCGCGGCGGCCAUGGCCCUGGCCUUGGCGUGCCUGCGGGUGACCCUGCCCUCGUGGCCGGCGGCUGCCGCGCGCCUGCUACAGAACUGCUGGGCCCGGGUGGAGAAGACGCUUCCCUCGGACCUUUCUGCCGGCUUCCCCGACCCUUCCUGGGGACCAGCAGUGGCGGUGCAGGGCCCAGCUGCCCUCCUAUGGCUGACGCCAGAAGCCAGCACUGGCGAGGAGACUCCUGGCUUUUUAGAUGGAGUUGUUUGGAUGGCGGCCCCCAAAAACAGACGGACGAUUGAAGUUAAUCGAUGUAGGAGAAGAAACCCCCAGAAGAUAAUUAAAGUGAAGAAUAAUAUAGAUGUAUGUCCUGAAUGUGGCCAUCUGAAACAAAAGCAUGUCCUUUGUGGUUAUUGCUACAAGAAAGUUCGUGAGGAGACUGUGCAAAUCAGGAGGCAAAUAGGGAAGCAGGAAGGGGGACCUUUUAAGGCCCCCACUGUUGAGACUGUGGUGUUAUACCAAGGAGAAGUUCCCUCAGCAGAAGAUCAAGGCAAGAGAAUCAUCGAGCGAGACAGGAAGCGACCAUCCUGGUUCGUCAGGGAUUGAUGCUGCAGAGGUGUUCAAAGAGGAUCCUUCUACAUUAAAACAUCACUCCGGGAGCUUGGGCCGUUUGGUUUCUUUUUCCUUCUUUCUAUGUGGGAUUCCAGGCAAUCCUCUCAAGAGGCAGCAUGGCCUGGUGGGUAGGGCAUUGGGCUGGAAGUCAGGAAAACCCAGGUUCAGACUCCACCUCAGGUGACUCCGGCAAGUCACCCAAAUGCUGCACCUCAGUUUCUUCUUCUGUAAAAUUAAGAGAUUGGGCUCAGUAACUUUCUAGGGUUCUUUCCAGCUCCAACCCCUGGAAUCGCUUCUGUUGCUAAAUAGGACGUGAUCUGAGCGCAGAACCGACGACCCACGUCAGGAAAUGCUGAUGCUUGCAAGUGUCCGCCAUCUUUGGGGGGAAAUGUUAUUUUGCUGACUAUAACUUAGAUGGUUUUAAAAUUAGUGUGAAAUGGGGAAAUUCGAAUUUUGUUAGGAAUUCUCUUGGAGCUUCAGUUACUUUUACACAAUAAAGCCUGUGUCUUCACCCAACUAGAGAAUAGUCUGAUGAGCUCAGCCCUGCAGGUGUGGAUCAGAUUUGCUGCGAGGUCUGGCUUCUUACUCAGGGUGCAGUCCAUCACCUCCAGCAGCCUCCGAUACUUGAGAACUGUCUCAGGACGGUCACCUGGGAUUUCACCGAUCCAUUCCUUGCUGAAAAAAUAUCCCUGAGGGCUGCAGCUCCUGCGUUUGGAGAAAUAACAUGUGCCAAAUAGGAUAGUGUCUGUCUGGCUUUGGAGCCAGGGGCCUAGGCCACUGACCUCAUCUUACACAGAAGCAAAUGGGUUUGGAGAUUUUAAGGAAUGUGGCAAGGUCACUAAGUAGUGUCAGGUGAAAUUUGAACCCAGGCCCUUGGACCCACCACACUGCACUCCUGCUGCCUCGUGGAAGAUGGGGAAUUCUAUAGAAAAGAUUCGUUUAGAUUUCAGCUUUGGGUGAAGUAUGUGAUGUAUUUUUUGGAAAAUGUGCUGAGGAGUGGCCUGAAUGAUAGUACAGUUGGGUGGAUUUCCAUAAUAUGGAUAAAUCAUAGUUGGCAUAUCAUUAUGUGGUGCUUGGAAGGUUUGCCAAGUGCUUUCCUGCAUCUUGUCUUACCUUCACAACAACCAUGUUAAGUAGGUGCUGUUAUUACCCCCAUCUUACAGGUGGAUAAACUGAGGAAGGAAGGCUAAGUGAUUUGCCCAGCAUCACACAGCCAGUAUGUGAGAGAGGAUUUGAACUCAGUUCUUCUUGACUCCAGGUCCAGCACUAUCCAUUGGACCACCCAGGUGCCUACAAAGCCAUGAAGGAAGCAUAAAGGUAGAGGCGGCAUCUUUAUCCAAUUUGCAGAUGCCACGAAGCUAGGGAAAGAUGGCUGACAAGACCCUGGGUGCCAAGAUCAGAAGGAUCUCAACAAGUUGGAAGGUUGGGCUGGAGCUAAUAAUAGCAACAGGAAAUGAAAUAGAGAGAAAUGUGGCAUCUUACACUUCGCUUCAAAAAACUGACAAAUAAAUCAGUGAAGGUAUUUAUUAAACA